GCGUGAUUGUCGGUCUCGUAUUAUCGUUGUUUUCCCAGUAUCCCAUUCCCCCUCAGCGGCAGCAGGCUCAGCAUCAGCGGCAGCUGCGCGAACGCGAAGCGAUAUCGUUAUAAUCGUUAUUAUUAUUAAUUACGUAAUAGCUUAUAAAUGUCGCGAGUCGUGACGUCGUCCGCCGACAGGAAUCCGCGUUGCUAGGUAUAUAGAUAGUUCGUCAUCUGUCGGGAAAACCGUCGCGUACGAUAACUCUAAUCGGCGGCAAUCUGCAUGCACCACGACGAUGUACGGCGGUGCAGACCGACGGCGGCGGCGGCGACGACAUGAUUGCGAUUGCGAUAACGACUAACGACGCUUUGGGACGACAGUCUUUAGAUCUAUGAGGGGCGAAUCUGCGAGUGGCGAUUGGGUGUCCGUCCGGGGUAACGGCGACAACUACUGCACAGUCCGUGGCCGGCGAUCGUAAACACGACGCGGUGUUAUCGAUUGUCGCUCGUGAUCUCGCACGAUCAUCGACGAAAGGUAUCAGUCUCGACGCAGGAUGAUCGAAAUUGGCGGUGUACCGUUUCUUCUAGAGUGCCAACGUCGGAGACAAAAACUGUAGUGACGACGACGACGGUGCCUACUCCCUCGUUAAAUAGUAGCGAAAAAAUAACACAACGACAAUGGAUUUGGACGACGUCAACGGGACUGCUCAGACCGAAGGUAACUACAGUUGUUACGACGGCGGAGGCUGCGGAAACAACACAGCUGUAGCGCCCUUGGGUGCCGUGCUGGACUCUAUCACUGUGGCCAUGCUCAGCCAGACGUGUUUACAUUCGGUGUUCAACCAUCCUUAUUUUCAUUUUUCACAUGCCAUCAUGUUUAUUUGCUACAUGCUACCAUUUGGAUCUCCUUGUCAGUUGAUUCUCCUCAUUCGCAUUGGCCUGGCCGGUGCCACUACCAUUAUGGCGUUAUGGGCUAGGAAUGUCCAGUGCUGGGUUGAUAGCCUUUUAUGGAAUGCUGCUUCUGCUACUGUCAAUGUCGUACACAUUUUAGUGUUAUUCUAUCAACUCAGGCCAAUCAAAUUUAACGAUGAAUUAGAACUAGUGUACGAAACGCUUUUCUACCCUUUAAAAGUUAGCCGUAAACAAUUUAGGAAAAUAAUUUCCUGCAUGAAAAUGAUACGGCCUCUAAAAACUCUUGAGAUAUUUGCUGAAGAAAAAGUAACGAGGGUUGACAGCUUAUCAUUGGUACUUUCAGGAAAAUUAGUAAUAUCACAGAACGGCAAUGCUCUGCAUAUUGUCUUCCCCUAUCAGUUUCUAGACUCUCCAGAGUGGUUUGGUGUAUCUACUGAUGAAUUCUUCCAAGUAUCAGUCACUGCGGUAGAAGAUUCCAGGGUAUUAUUAUGGCAUAGAGACAAAUUAAGAUUGUCAAUAAUUACAGAUAAAUUUUUAUACACUAUUUUUGAUCACAUUCUUGGUCGAGAUGUUGUAAAAAAGCUUAUGCAGGUAAGUGAAACUAUGUCUAAUGGCCAUUUACCUAAUCAGUGGUAUGACGGAGAAGAAGCUGAAAUGGCAAAUAAUGUAAAUGAUGAGAAGCAAACAGUUCUUUAUUUAAAGCGUAAUGGUGAUGGACAAGCAGGCAUUGAAACUAUAUUGAAACGAGAGCUACAAGGCGACCCGAAUGGCUGGAAAUUGAGUAGGAUUGAAGAAGUUGACCAUGAGACUCCAGUGUAAAAAAAAAAUAUAAAAUAUUCCUUAAACAAUUAAUAAUCUUGUGAUCUUAGGAUAAGUUUAUAUCUGUGUUUUCUUUUUAACUUUGACACUUUGGUGUUAUUUUUUAUUUACCUCUGUCAGAUUUGAUUUUUGGCACUUAUCGAAUUUAACAAUCACUGUAGUAAUAUCAAUCUAUUUUAUUAACUUUUCUUGAUGUAAGAUUGAAAAAAAAGAAAAUUUAUUGACAAUGUUUGAUGAACCAAACAAAUAUUACUUGUAAGCUAGCUCUUUGUUUUCUUUGAGUAAUAACAUAAAUUUUGUUUUGUUUCAAAAGUACUGAUAUUCAAAUGUUUUAAUUAAUAAAUAUAUUACAUGUUGUUUAUUGUUGUUCAAAUACUAUAAUGUAUUAAUCAUUAAUAUGAUAAUGUAUUACUAAAGUGAUAUUUAUAAAAGUAACUAGUCCAUUAUUAAUUAUUAUAACAUUUGUAUGUAAUUGUAUAUGAUAUAUAAUACAUAAAAAUUAUAUAGAGUGUCCCUUGAUCCUCAGGACAUUAUGAUAUGCAAUGUAAACUUAUAAAAAUCCAAUUAAAACUACUAAUAAGUAA